AUGCCCUUUCUACCCACAACCACCGUCGCCGGUGACGCUCCGGACCCAAACGCCGUCCUCAUCGAGUCCAAACCAAACAACAAGGGCGGAAAGGCCACCCAGGCCGUGCAUGACCAAAUACCAACCAUCAUCGAGCCCACCACCGUCCAACUCAGUUCCGCCAACAACUCGUAUGAGCACUUGGAGAAGAUCCCCGACGUCGUCGAGGCCGACAGGGUCGACUACAUCAACCCUUUCGCCAACAGCUCCCGAUGGUACGUUUCCAUGCGGGCGCACGCCAUCCGCUCUGCCGCCGGCAUGGCCUUUAGCCUCUCCAACCGCACCGUGCCCGCGCCGCCCGUGCCCUCCCAGUGCCUCUGGCUCGACUCCACGCUCUCCGCCGCCUUUCCGGGCAAGGACAAGAUCAAGGUCGACGUGUGGAUGCCGCCGCCGCGCAUCGCGCUCGGCCCCCGCGCCGCCGUCAUCAACUUCCACGGCGGCGGCUGGAUCCUCGGCGCCGGCACCGACGACAGCCGCUGGGCCGCCGCCGUCAUGACCUCCAUGGACGCCGUCGUCUUCUCCGUCAACUACCGGCUCGCGCCCGCCCACCCCUUCCCCACCCCCAUCGAGGACUGCGUCGACGCCAUCCUGCAGAUCGCCGCGCGCGCCGACGAGUUCGGCUUCGACCCGAACCGCAUCGUCCUCUCGGGCUUCUCCGCCGGCGCCUCCAACGCUCUCAGCAGCUGGGUCGUCCUGCAGGAGCCGCAGCGCUGGGACUACGAGCUGCCGCAGCCCGUCCCCGCCAUUGCCGGCCUCGCCCUCUUCUACCCCGUGCUCGACUGGACCUUCACGCGGCCCGAGAAGCGCAGCACCUGCCACCGCCCGGACCUCACGCUCUCGCCCGGCCUGACCGACCUCAUCGACGCCUCCUACGUGUACCCCGAGAUCCCCCGCAAGCAGUGCGACGACUGGCGCCUCUCCCCGGGCCUCGUCGACGACGCCACCCUCGCCAAGCUGCCCCCCGUGCACCUCUGCCUCUGCGAGUACGACAUGCUGCUCCAGGAGGGCCUGCGCUUCGCGAAGCGCGUCCGCGCGUGCCCGGACAAGACGUUGACCCUCCGCGUCGUCAGCCAGGAGAAGCACGCCUGGGACAAGCCCCUGCCGCUCGCGGCGGUCAAGGAGAGCGUUGCCGCCGAGUACACGGAGGCGACCCUGGCCAUGGCAAGCUGGCUGGGGCAGUUUCACGACACGGACAACGAUUCGAUGCUCUCGCUGCCCACGAAGCGGCUUCGCCUGCGUCCCUCGGCUUAUUUCAAGCGUUCUCGUUCUGCCGAGUAG